AUGAAGUAUCACGAGGAUCCCAACAAGCGCUUCACAUCAAACAACAGCUAUCUGACAGAAGUGGCAGAUCUACACAACGACGUUCUACACCAAACGGGAAGCAGAGGACUGGACAACAAACAACAAAUCAGCGAAUGGACCCUGAGCCGACAAGACAUCAACACACGUAUAGGACGACCAACACAGAAAAAGGAAAACACAAACAAGGAAGUUUUGAGGACACAAGUUCUGGAACUGCUGCAAACAAAAUACAAGGACUACUAUAAGAUCUACACCGACGCUUCAAAAACGGCUAUGGGCACAGCAAUCGCCUUUGUGGACACCCAAAACAACUCCCAAGUGGCCAGAAAAAUCAACGAAAACUACAGUAUAAUGAACGCCGAACUGCUAGCCAUUCGAGAAGCACUUAGAUAUACGCAAGAGAAACAACUAGACAGAGUGGUAAUCUUGACGGACUCGAAAAGCGCUUGUGAAGCCAUCAAAAACACAGAAAAUGCCAACGACAACUUCCUAGUAUUCGACAUCAACCAGUUAAGAAACCAACUGAUUCAGCGGAACAUAAAAAUCCAGUGGAUUCCCAGCCACAUAGAUGUCAGAGGGAACGACCUAGCAGACCGAGCAGCAGUACAAGCGACAACCCAAAGACAAGACAUGUUCGUGGGGCUAACUCUGGGCGAUACACUCAGACUGGCCAAAAAAGAAAUAUGGAGCAAAUGGACACGACUUUAUCAAGAAAUUUCGACCGAGAAAGGAAAGUACCGUUUCCAGAUACAAAACGAGCCCGGAACCACCAUAUGGUGCCAAAAGAUGGACCUGAGCACACACGAGAAGAUAAUGUUAUCCAGGAUUCGAAGCGGGCACAGUCUGACCAAGGAUCGUAAAUAUACAUGGAAGUGGGCUGACACAGAAAACUGUGACACCUGCGGAGCCAAAGAGGACAUCGAACAUAUCCUAUAUCACUGUUCGAAAUACAACAACAUAAGAGCAAAGCACGAUAUUCUAAUCAACCAAAAGCCACUCAACGAAAUACUCAAUGAAGGCAGCGAGGAAGAGUACAAAUCGAUAACGAAGUUCCUGACGGAGGGCAAAAUAGCAAUCUAG